UGCAGGCUGAUCUUGGUCUGCACUGGUCGCAAAGGCAGAAUCAUUUGCCGCCAGCAGGCUUAAGGUUAAUAAGUUAAAAUUUAUAUCAAUAUGACUCCCACUCGUUAUUGAUAAACGAUAUUUGAAACAGAUGAUCAAAAAAUGUUUCUACUUAUUUGGGAUAUUUUUUUGAUUUUAUGUCAAUUUCAAGAGAUCAAAGGUUUGCAAGCUACAAAAGCGUAUCAUGCAUCGCAAGUUAAUUCUACAUGGAUAAAUUCGACGAGAAAAUGCACCCUUGGGACGCCACCAAUAGAGUAUACUACAAAAUCCGUUAAUAUUUCACAAGAAUAUGUUACUGAAGAUUUAUGGGUAGGCUAUCAUUUAGCGAAGACAACAUUUUAGUUUCUAGGCUGUUACCAGAUAGAAAAACACAAAACAUCACAUUCAUACAAUGGCAGUGUUCUAGGGUGGUGCUGUUCAGCUUGUGAACAUACAUUAUACAUCGGUAUAAGCACAGCAGGCUGUUUUUGUACUGAUACAAAGCCUACAACAGAUACUCAUCUACUAAAAUGUGAUCAACAGUGUGAUAAGCAACAUAUACCAUGUGGAAGAUAUAGCUAUAUGGCACUGUACAAAGUUACUUUGACUGAUAAUGGUAUUGAACGGCUCGGCGAUGAAGACCAUUAUUCACUGAACAUAUCCGCGCAUAGGUGUGUAAAACACAACGGCCAAAUUACAUCGUCUGAAAAGUUAUCACUGGGAAAUGGUGCUGGUCUUUGUUGGACGGUGAUCACUAGACGCAUUGUCAUUAUAAAAUAUAAUGCAUCUUCUUUUGACCUGACUACCUUAAGUAAAAUACCAUUUGGAUAUAUUUACAAAACUGCUGCCGGCCAAGUAAAGCUUGGAUUCGCAAUUAAUGCGCAACAAAAGAGAGCACUAUGUACAGGAGCCCAUUUUACGUCAACAGAUCAGUCUACAGACGGGAACCCAGGUGUUGCUAUUGGUGUCUCUGUCGCUACAGCAACAGUGUUCAUUGUCCUUGCCUGUGUGUUUAUUAUUCUUAAAAGACGAAAGAAACUACCAAAUUUGUGUUCAAAAGCGAUGCUGACUAACGAAUCACAUAGCACACAGCCAGAGAUUGAAUUGUCCACUAAAACAGUUCAUUGCUCACACGUAAAGCCGUCUUAUGACGUUUUUGAUAAAACAUGUAUGCAAAGUGUUGGCAAUCAAGACAACACUAAUGAUUCAAAACACUAUGCAGUUCUUGAGGGACAUGUUGUGACCUUGAUCAACAAAUUUAUCACCACGAAACGGCCAGUAAUGAUACAAACAAUUACUUUGUUCUUGAGAAAUGUGAUCUAGAUUUGAACCAGGAUGUAGCAGAUAUAAAGAAUGAUAGUAAUGAUUUACAUAAUUACUUUGUACUAGAGAAACAUGCGAGAGAAGCUUCUAAUGAAUCUGUCACUACGUGUGACGCAGCAAAACCAGGAAAUUAUUCGAAGGAAAUGUAUGGCGGAAAUAUUUAUAAUACAAUAAAGGAUACUGAAAAUUUAAUACACGAUCAUGUAUAUAAUACAACGAAGAAAGAAUUACAGAAAGGUGACGCAACAUAUGACACUGCAGAGAAGGCGCGUAAUAAAAUGAAAGCCAGUGCUGAUAAACACAACCACACUGACAGGAAGGCGCUAAAUAGGUCAGACAAUGUUGACGGCAUACCAUUACAACCAAACGAAUCAAAUAGAGAUGCCAAUCAGUAGUUUGGCAUGACAGAUCAACUCGAUUUAGACACGUAUAACCACUUAAACAGCAAGUCAACAGACAACAUCAAACCAGACAGUUUAUAUGGCCUACACCAUGAAAUGAAAGGUAAAUACAACAUGCGAACGAAUCCGGAGGAGGCCUACGCCAUAACGCACAGCGAGAAUGUGUUUACAAUAACUGAUAGCACUUACUCAAAAAUAGAAACGCAGUAUUAAUGUAGCAAUUUUUUAUAAAUCAUACGUGUGUAUAUCAAUGUGAUAGCAUAGUAAACAUGUUAUGUUAUCAUUCUAAAGCAUAAGCCACCCUUGCAUAACUUCUGUGUGCUUGAACAACUUUUUUGCCAUGUUUCUUAUAAUGGAACAGAUCUUCUUCAUACUUAGAUUAAGAAAAUAAAGAAUAUGUGAAUAUGGAAUAUCUGAAAUAAAUGUUGUUGUUUUUUUCAAUCGAUACUAACUGGAG